UUGAAUGGUUAGUUUACAUUCGAUUAACUAAAUAAUUUCAACUGGUAACUAACCGCAUUAACCAGAGAUUUUGAAAUUAGUGCGCAAAUGUUGGUUCUUGUUCCAACUUUCAACGUUGGCAACACCACAACAACUCAAAACAUAACCUUACUCUAACAAAAAGCCGGCGGGAGUGAAUUUUUUGCACAUUGUUAGUUACACUUCCAUAAACAUGCCACGUGUUAAAACUAAAGCAAGAAAGCGCACUCAACCAAGCGGAGACGCUGCAGACACAAAACACACCACGGCUGAAAGUUCUGAACCAGAGCCCUCAAGCGAAGCCUCGUCCGCAACCACCAUUUACGAAUUCACGGCCAAGACAAUUGAGGGCGAAGAAAUCUCGCUGGAGAAGUACAAAGGACACGUUUGCAUCAUAGUAAAUGUAGCGUCAAAAUGCGGCCACACAAAGUCAAAUUAUGAACAGUUUGUUGAGCUGUACGAUAAGUAUUCGGAGGAGAAAGGGCUGCGGAUUUUGGCGUUUCCUUGCAAUCAGUUCGGUGGACAGGAACCUGGUGAUUCGGAAAAGAUCUGCGAGUUUGUCAAAGCCCGAAAUGUCAAAUUUGACAUGUUUGAGAAAAUUAAGGUUAACGGCAAGGACGCUCAUCCCUUGUGGAAGUUUCUGAAGGAGAAACUUCCCAGUCCUAAGGGGAAAGACAUCAAGUGGAAUUUCACUAAAUUCAUUGUUAACGAUGAAGGCGUCCCUGUCGAGAGACAUGCCUCCAGUGUUAAGCCACUCACUCUUCUGGAGUCUCUUCAGAAAUUGUGGUAGUUUUGUGUUUUCUUCUCAUUUUUUGUGACCGUAAUUAAUUGUGUAGGAAUAACCUGUAUUUUCAAAAUAAAAUGUUCCGAAAAUA